AUGUACCAGUCCCCGCUGAAUCUCGCCUGCACCCCUCCGAUGGCUGCGGCGGCGUCCCUCGCGCGCGCCGCCGGCGAGCCCUCCCGGGCGCCGGCGGGGUCGACGCGGCCGCGGCCUGGGAGUGUCGCGAUGCGCGCCCCUGAGUCGUGGCGCCGGCGUGCAACGGGCGUGCGGUGCGGCGGUGGAGCAGGGUUAUUCGGUGAUGGGGCUUUAGGUGGUGGGGAGGCGGGGGCGGACGAAGGGGGCAGGUUCGUCGGGUGGUUCCGGGAGGCCUGGCCGUACAUCCGGGGCCACCGGGGGAGCACCUUCGUCGUCGUCAUCUCCGGUGAGGUCGUCGCCGGGCCCCACCUCGACGGCAUUCUGCAGGAUAUAUCGCUUCUACAUGGUCUUGGGAUCAAAUUUGUUCUUGUUCCUGGAACACAUGUUCAGAUUGAUAAGCUCUUGGCUGAUAGAGGAAAGAAGGCCAAUUAUGGUGGUCGUUACCGUAUUACAGAUUCUGAUUCAUUAGAUGCUGCGAUGGAGGCAGCUGGCAGAAUACGCCUUACUAUAGAAGCAAAGCUAUCUCCUGGUCCCCCAAUGCUAGAUCUUCGUCGACAUGGUGUUAAUGGUCGCUGGCACGAAAUCUCCGACAAUGUUGCAAGCGGAAACUUCCUGGGUGCUAAGAGACGAGGAGUUGUUGGUGGCAUUGACUAUGGAUUCACUGGUGAAGUUAAGAAAAUAGAUGUUUCACGGAUAAAAGAAAGACUUGAUAGGGAUAGCAUAGUUGUCGUGAGCAAUAUGGGAUACUCCAGUUCAGGAGAGGUGUUAAAUUGCAACACAUACGAAGUUGCGACAGCAUGUGCUUUGGCUAUCGAGGCGGACAAGCUUAUCUGUGUUGUUGAUGGCCAAAUAUAUGACGAGCAUGGCCGAGUCAAUCGUUUCAUGUCUAUCGAGGAAGCAGAUAUGCUCAUCAGAACACGCGCUAAGCAGAGUGAAACUGCUGCAAAUUAUGUAAAGGUUGUAGGGGAGGAGGACAUUAGUUAUGCCCACAAUUUUCCUAUCAAAGAAGAGAAAGAACAAGUAUGGGUUGGAAGAGAUUUCGUCAGCGAUUACACUGCAUCCUUUCGGAAUGGUGUGGGUUUCAAUAAUGGAAAUGGUCUGUCUGGUGAGCAAGGGUUUGCUAUUGGUGGGGCAGAGCGGUUGAGCAGGUCAAAUGGCUACCUUUCAGAGUUGGCUGCAGCAGCAUACGUAUGCCAUGGCGGUGUCCAAAGAGUUCAUAUCAUAGAUGGCACUGUUGGGGGGUCAUUGUUGCUAGAAUUAUUCACAAGAGAUGGUGCAGGAACACUAAUAGCAAGAGAUAUGUAUGAAGGAACAAGAACGGCUAGAGAGGAGGAUUUUUCUGGUAUUAGAAAAAUCCUUCGUCCCCUAGAAGAAUCCGGUGUCCUAGUGCAGAGAACAGAUAAAGAGCUUUUGGAAGCACUGAAGUCAUUUAUUGUCGUGGAAAGAGAUGGUUCAAUCAUUGCGUGUGCUGCUCUCUUUCCCUUUUUUGAGGAUAAAUCUGGGGAAGUUGCUGCUAUAGCUGUCUCUGAAGAAUGUCGAGGACAGGGUCAAGGAGACAAGUUACUUGAUUAUGUUGAAAAGAAGGCAUUAUCCCUUGGUCUUGAGAAAAUAUUCUUGCUUACCACACGGACAGCAGACUGGUUUGUCCGGCGUGGCUUCAAGGAAUGCUCAGUGGAAUCCAUCCCAGUGAAGAGGCGAAAACGAAUCAAUCUCUCACGCGGAUCAAAAUAUUACAUCAAGCGGCUCCAGCCAGCAGAGAUUGGACAUAUGGCUGCCAACAAUUUUGCGAUGAAAUGA